CAAGUAUUAAGUCUCCAAUAACCAGAGGGUGUCCAUAUACAGGUUAUGUACUUUGCUCCCUAUGAAAUGUAUCUUGUUCUAAAAAUAUUUCACAAUAAUCACCCUGAAAGAGGUAAAAAAGUCACCAACAGAGCUGCAGCAACAGGCAGAGCAAGAGUUAAAGAUAUGAGCUUCAACGUCACACUCCUGAAAUGAAACUGAAAGUUUGUCAAAACGUUAGGAGCAAAACUCAGACAACUCUCUCUGUUUCUCUUUAGAGAAAAAAUAAACUAAGUUCAUUCAAUUUUUCUCAGCAACACAGCAGAAACACUGAUAUGUCUGCUGCCACUAGUCUGCUGUCUAAAGAUCAGUUAUUGUGCUCCAUCUGUCUGGAUGUGUUCGCUGAUCCAGUCGCCAUACCAUGUGGACACAACUUCUGCAAAAACUGCAUCAGUGAACACUGGAAUAUUGCUGUCCAAUGCCAAUGUCCCAUCUGUAAAAAGCUUUUCUACACAAAACCUGAGCUGCAGGUCAACGUUUUCAUCUCUGAGAUGGUUGCUCAGUUCAGACAGUCAGCUCAACAGAGAGCCAGCAGCAGCAGAUCAGAGCAACAAGCUGCCAAACCAGGAGAAGUUCCCUGUGACAUCUGCACUGGAACCAAACUAAAGGCUGUGAAGUCCUGUCUGGUGUGUCUGGUGUCCUACUGUGAGAUUCACCUGGAGCCUCAUCUGACAGCAUCAGGUCUGAAAAGACAUCAGCUGAUCAAUCCUGUGGAGAACCUGGAAGGCAGGAUGUGUAUGAAGCACGAUAAAGCUCUGGAGUUGUUCUGCAAGGAUGAUCAGACAUGUGUCUGUAUGCUCUGCACUAUUUUAGACCAUAAGAUACAUAAUGUUGUUCCUCUGAAAGAGGAAUAUGGAGAAAAGAAGGCCGAGCUGGGGAAGACUGAGGCUGAGAUUCAGCAGAUGAUCCAGAAGAGACGACUGAAGAUUCAAGAGAUCAAAAAAUCUGUCAAGCUCAGCAAGGAAAAUGCAGACAAAGAGAUAGCAGAAGAUGUUCAGGCCUUUACCAAACUGAAGGAGUCAGUUGAGAAAUACCAGGCCAGAGUCAUCACAAUGAUUGAAGAGAAGCAGAAAAGGACAGAGAAACAGGCUGAAGGAUUCAUCAAAGAGCUGGAGCAGGAAAUCUCUGAGCUGAAGAAGAGGAGUUCUGAGCUGGAGAAGCUCUCACACUCUGAAGACCACCUCCACAUCCUCCAAAGCUUCCCGUCCCUGAACGCUGCUCCAUCCACCAAAGACUGGACAGAAGUCAAAGUCUGUCUGCCGUCAUAUGAUGGGACUAUUAAGACAGUUGUGGAUCAACUGGUGGAGAAACUGAAGAAAAUGUUCGCAUACGGUGAGCUGAUGUGGGUCCAGCAGUAUUCAGUGGAUGUGACACUUGAUCCUGAUACAGCAAAUCCAAAACUCAUCCUGUCUGAUGAUGGGAAACAAGUCCAUCACGUUGAUGCAGAGAAGAAUCUCCCAGACAACCCAGAGAGAUUUUCUAUUGGUCUCUGUGUCUUAGGGAAGCAAACUGUUUCUUCUGGAAAAAUUUACUUCGAAGUUCAGGUUAAAGGAAAGUCUGAUUGGAUUUUAGGAGUUGCCAGAGAAUCAAUCAACAGGAAGGGGAGAAUCACAAUUAGCUGUAAGAAUGGUUACUGGGCUCUACGUUUGAGGAAUGAAAAUCUGUACUUUGCUCUUGCUGAUACUCCAGUUUGUCUCUCUCUGAAGUCAAAGCUUGAGAAGAUUGGGGUGUUUGUAGAUUAUGAUGAGGGUCUGGUCUCCUUUUAUGAUGUUGAUGCUUCAGCUCUUAUCUACUCCUAUACCAGCUGCUCCUUCAAUGAGAAACUCCUCCCAUUCUUCUGUCCCUAUCUUAAUCAGGGUGGUAACAACUCAGCCCCUCUGAUCAUCUCCUCUGUCCACCACACUGAGUAGAGAAACCAUUUGAUUUCCUUGAUUUGAUUUUACUGUUUUUUAAUGUGAGAAAUCUCCAUGGUUAGUGGUAAUGUACAGUGUGUUCUUGUUUUCUUCCGAUUCUAGUUGUUGUGGAUGUUUGCCUUCUUUAUUAUAUAUCCCAUUUGUACUUACUACUGCAAGACAGUAAUUUCACCAUGAAUAAUUUGUUUGAUUUUAUGUAAUGUUGUUUAAUCCGUUCUAAUAAGUGUAAUACCUGUCUUCAAAUGUCAAACAUCGCAACAAUGUAAACAGAAAAGGUUUUGCAUGUGUGGGUUUAGAAAAUGGCUGUUUAUAGUCCAAUAUUUACAGGGCCUAGUUUGAGUGUUUUUGAUAACUCUUUAGAUUACAGACUACAGUAUAAUAGCAUAAACUAAAUAAGACAAUAUCUCUGCUUCUGCUGAACUAAUUUAGAUCCUUUAAAAAAUAUUAUUGGAGUGCAAAGUUAAAUUGGUGGAAUACUCUUUUAAUGGGACUGAAUGUUAUCUGACUAAAUUAAGUCCAACUGAAGUGAGCAAAACUUUUCUCUUUACUCUGCCUCACUAUGUAUCUAUUUUUUCUGAUAUAUCAUAUAUUAAUGUUAAAACAGCUCUGUGAUUGUGAUUUACAUCUUAUGUUAUACUUUUUCAUAUUAUUACUUUUAUUUUUAAACCAGUGAGGUCCUGAUAAAGUUCAUAACUGAAAAACAAACAACUCAGUUUGGUUGUCUCUCGCUUCCUGAACUGUGGUCUGGGGUCAAAGGUCAGGGGUAAUAUAAUCAUCUCUCCCUGGAUAUGAGGUAUCGUUUGUGUGAUUCAUAUUGUGAACGUUUACUAAUUUUAAAUGUAUAGUCUGUAAAAAGUAUUUUAUUGUAUUUUGGAUAUGUUUUAGGAAAUU